UGAAAAACGUGAGCGUUUUCAGAAGUCUCGGAAAAGGAAUUUCACUAGUUAAAAUGUCAGGCUGCCAGCCUGUGUUUGCUGUUUAGUGGGCGACGUAUAAAUCCUGGCGUACCUGACUCGACCGACCAGACCAAUCGGUGCUUGGACUCUUGAAGGAGGUUUUCGUGCAGAUCCCCGAGAACAAUACAAUGGACAGCACAAUGGGUUACACUUCAUCUGAGCUUACAGGUUCUAAUGAUCGUUAAUAUCAGUUGCAUUCUUUCAUUAUCAUAACUGAUAUGUUUAUCGUAUUAGACAUUUAAUGACAAUUUCAAAUAUCGUUUCAAGGCAUAAACCUAACUGACAAUAAUCAUAAUUAAACUGGGCUGGACGACCACGCUUGAAAUUGCGUGAGCGGCAGAGGGUAUAAAGUCUGGAGCCUUGACGACGAGCAAAAGUCACGUAAACCGUCAGUAACAGAAUUAGUUUUUGAACACAGUACACAAUAUUCGUCAAGAAUGGUUACCAAACACAAUAUGUUGUGGAUAUCAGUGACAGUGAUAGUGAUGGUGUUGCAAAAUACAAAUUGUCAAUGGCACCAAACGCUCGGCUGGGGGGCGGCAGGAAUGGUGGGGAAAAGGACGAAUCCUUCCAGCAUUUUCAGCCAAGACAGCCAAGAUGACUCUCUCUGUGAUGAUCGAAGGAACAGCGAAGUUAUGAAACUAAUACGUGACCUGUUGCAGGCUGAGAUCAUGAGGACGGACUAUUGUUAUAAUAGAAAAUUCGAGGAAAACAGAGUCCGGGGAUUCACCAAACAAGAUGCUCCACGGGUUUGAAGGACCAAACUCUGUUUCGAGUGAUACAGCGUCGGCAGCACCAGGCAGGCGCAGCCUUCAGCAUAUGACAGUUAAAUUGUCGGUGACUUCUUUUAUUCAAACUGUUACUUAUGGUUUCUGCUCAGACUUUGAAACCGGAAGGAUGUUUUUAACCCAAAGAUCAUUUAUUGAGGUGGAAAUUCCAUUGGCCCACUGAAAAUGUGCCGCAGUGUAAAACAAAUUACGUUUUCCCGAUAAAGAAACUCUUUAAACCAAAUAAAUCGCUGUUGUGUGUAAUUACUAUCGUAGUUUGGGGUUUAUGUCAUGUUGAGAGAGUUCAUAACCAUGCCAGCGAGAGAGAGCUAGAGCAUUGUUUCAGUUUCCCACUGAAAUCCAAUAAUAUACGGUAUAUGUACUUCCGAUAUAUACCAAAUUACAUUUGAAAAUGGAAUAAAA